UAUACCGACACCAGUACCGUUAUAAUAAAUGCACAGGACUUUAUUAUAGAUUAUUAAAAUAAAAAAGUACUGCUGAAACAACAAGAUUUUAUUAUCCAAAAGAAUAAAAAGCUAAUACCCCGUCCACAUUAGACAAUUGACUACCUUUCAGUAGUGGCUUAAUACUCUACUUGCAACAAGAAAAUACGCAGCGACAACGAGACUGAUGGGCUAAAAUAAAGGAGAUACCAGUUUCUGUAGUGUCAGGGCAAGCUCUGCCCUCUCUAAGGUAUACAAUAAUAAACGUCACUUCUUCUUCACACCCGGGGUUGGGUUGCUGUUGCAGCCCUGUCUUGUAUGUAAUUUAAAUGAUGCAUCCCAUCAGGAUACUGUGAAACAGACACAACAACCUGCUUCUCAUUGUGACACCUCGGAGCGCCGAGCUCGGGUGCGUUCAGCAGCAGGACUGGCGUGCUGUAAGCGGGCGGGGAUGUGUCAGGAGUUCAUUAUUUUUUUUUCCAGAGGAGAAAGAAAGAAAGGAAGGACACUUUGCAGAUUUGGAACUAAAAAGACCAAGAACUAAACCAACAAGCUGAGCCUGAAAACAACUGAAGGGUCCUCUCCAUGGAUAUCGACACAGAUUAUGAGCGGCCGAAUGUCGAGACGAUAAAGUGUGUGGUGGUGGGUGACAAUGCGGCAGGGAAGACGCGACUGAUCUGCGCCAGGGCCUGCAAUGCCACGCUCACGCAGUACCAGCUUCUCGCCACGCACGUGCCAACUGUCUGGGCCAUCGACCAGUACAGGGUGUGCCAGGAGGUUCUGGAGCGCUCUCGUGAUGUGGUGGACGAGGUCAGCGUGUCUCUGCGGCUCUGGGACACCUUUGGGGAUCAUCACAAGGAUCGCCGCUUCGCUUACGGCAGGUCAGACGUGGUGGUCCUUUGCUUCUCCCUCGCCAACCCCAACUCUCUGCGCCACGUGAGGUCCAUGUGGUUCCCGGAGAUCAAGCACUUCUGUCCUCGUACUCCCAUCAUCCUGGUGGGCUGCCAGCUGGACCUGCGCUAUGCCGACCUCGACGCAGUCAACCGUGCCCGCCGACCACUCGCCAAGCCUAUCAAACCGACAGACAUCCUUCCCCCAGAGAAGGGUCAUGAGGUGGCGAAGGAGCUGGGGGUGCCCUACUAUGAGACCAGCGUGGUGGCGCAGUUUGGGGUGAAGGACGUCUUUGACAACGCCAUCCGCGCCGCCCUCAUCACCCGCCGCCACCUGCAGUUCUGGAAGUCCCACCUGAAGAAGGUGCAGCGCCCCCUGCUGCAAGCCCCCUUCCUUCCACCGCGGCCCCCUCCUCCUACCAUUGUCAUCCCCGAGCCGCCCUCCUGCGACGGGGAGGGGCCUGCCACCCUCUUCUCAGUUCCCCUCUGCGCUGAUGUCCUCUUCCUCCUGCAGGGUGGCACCACCCGCAUCUUCGCUCAUAAGGCCUACCUGGCCACUUCCUGCUCCAGAUUCUAUGACCUCUUCAUCAUGGAGCUUGACUGGGAGAGAAGGGAGGAGGAGGAAUGUGAGGAGGGGGAGGGGGAGGAGGAAGAAGAAAAGGAGGAGCUAGAGGAGGAGCGCAGGGGAGGGAAGGAGAAGGCCGGCUGCACUAAGAGUCUGAACAUCGACAAGGACCCUCUGGAGGGAGGAGGCAGUCACCACUUUGUCAGGAGGCAUCUCUCACACCAGGGCUCCCUGACGGCUUCCAAAAGCGACAAACCGCUGCCGGAGAGGGCCCAAGAGCAGAGCGGAGUGGGUGUCAGCAGGACUCUUUCUGGCUGGGGCCGGGGCUUCCUCAAGAUGUACUUGGAGCGGGUGGAAGACCCGGUGACCCAGCGAGAGAGGCUGAUGACAGUGGUGUCCAUAGACUGCUUAAUCCAGCCCCGGCCCUUCCAGGCUGUGCUGAACUACCUGUACACCGGCAGCCUGGACGAGAGCCGGGGGGACCUCAUGCAGGUGGCCUCCAUUGCCGAGCUGCUCGAGGUGUUUGACCUGCGCAUGAUGGUGGCCAACAUCCUCAACAAGGAGAGCUUCAUGAACCAGGAGAUCACCAAGGCCUUCCAUGUGCGCCGUGCCAACCGCAUCAAGGAGUGCCUGGUCAAGGGCACCUUUGCAGAUGUUGUCUUUCGAUUGGAUGAUGGUCAGUUGCCCGCCCACAAGCCCUUGCUGAUCUCCAGCUGUGAUUGGAUGGCGGCUAUGUUCCGGGGUUCCUUUUUGGAAAGCUACGUUGAGGAGGUCUCCAUUCCCAACACUAACUGUGCCUGCAUGCGCGCCGUGCUGGAGUACCUGUACACUGGCCUGCUGACCCCGACCCCUGACCUGGACGCCAUGGAGCUGGUCAUGCUGGCCAACCGGCUGUGCCUGCCGCGCCUCCUCGCACUCACAGAACAGCACGCGGUGGACGAGCUGCAGAAAGCAGGAGAGGAUGCUGACCAGAAGGUGCUGCUGUAUCUGGAGAUGGCUCAGUUUCAUAAUGCAAAACAGCUGGCCACGUGGUGCCUGCAUCACAUCUGCACAAACUACAACAGCAUCUGCCGCAGGUUCCACAAGGAGAUGAAAGCCAUGUCUGCAGAGAACCAGAGGCACUUUGAGAAGCAGCGCUGGCCACCAGUCUGGUACCUGAAGGAGGAAGACAGCUACCUGCGCUCCCGGAAGGAGAGGGAGAGGGAGGAGGAGAUCCUCCGCAAGCAGCACAUCAAGCACGGCUGGUGCUUCUGGCGCCACUCCUCCUCCUCCUCCUCCUCCUCACCCCAUGUCUCCUGAGCUACCCCAACCCCCCUCCGAAACCCACUGGGGAGGGCCGUCCUCUGGGGACAAAACGGACAAGCAGCCCAGGGUCCCAUCCACCUCCCGUUCCUGUCCAAACUGGCUACCCGGUGACGUCACACAAGAUAAAAUGAUGAGAGUGGCUGGCUGUGGUGUCUGAUUGGUCCUAACUUGGCCUGUGCUUUGUGUGUUUGAGGCUUCAAUGAAAGUGUAUGUUGGGAGGGAUGUGGAUGGUUGGAGGGGGUGGCCUCGAAGGUAAGGCCACGAAGGCAUAGGGAAAUGGAGCACUUAGUCUUCUUAGACACUCCAUGAAAAGGGCGCUGAUUUUUACAUUUAUAUUUUUGACUGAAAAGCCACAGAAGGUAAGCUAAAUUAAAUAAGCUGUGAACACUACAAACAUGGAAAGUAAAAAUAUGACUCACCCAGGGGUCUGGAUACCGAGAAAGGUUUUCCAGAUGAAGCUCCAGAAAAAAGCCACAGAAAUCAAUCCAAACACAAUUUAUUGGGCCACGUAAUGUGCGGCAUGUCAUGGAAAAUCUACUAGGAUUUAGUUUUUUCUUUCAGACUGUUCUUGAGUCAACCAAAGUAGUUGUGGAAAUGACAAAAGACACAUUUCCACGGAAUACAUGCCUAUAAACUUCAGGAACAGGGAGGUGCAGACAACAAGCUUUGGAAAUUGAAUUAGUGGAUUUAAAAGGGUGUUUGAUACCAUCCUGCAGCUGAUUCCCACUCUGACAGCAGGGAGCUAGAGUGGCUUCUUCUGAGACAGGAACCCUUCUUCACUGCAUGACUGGGCAGACAGGAACUAGAGGUGGACUCAGGGAGAAAAUAUGGAACUGGUACCUACCUUUUACAAUGGGCUGGUACCACGGUUCUUGGGUACCUGUACUUACCUCAACUCGAAACAAGAGGUCCCAUCACCUUCCUGCCUUAGAUUAGACUUAGGGUGACAACCCGUCAUGCAAUCUUCCUGCCUCGUGAUGCCUGACUCAAAAAACCCUCCUUCAGGCGUCUCCUAGACUAGCAAGUCUUGCAUUUGAAAUGGAGCUGUGAAGAAUCUUGGUCAAGCAAGUAUGACUUCCACAGGACAGUAGGAGAAGAUGUACAACAUAAUGAUGACUUGGAAACAAAUAUGCUAAAAAUAUGUGUUAGUACACUUCAGCUGUAAUAUGAGUGAAAUAAUAGCAUUACUAAGUGUAGCGUCUCUAUAUGUGUAUGUAUAUAUAGAACCCCUGUUGGACUUAUAAGGGCUAACCCUAUGUUAUUGCUGUACUGAUUAGCAACCAGCAGUUCAAAUAUUAAGUUUACAUGUAUUAGUUACUCUCCUUAACCUACAGUUGCACUGCGCUGUAAAUUGUGGUGGUUUUACUGCAAGUAGCACAUAACAUAAUACAGAUUUAUUUAUUUAUUUAUUUAUUC